GCUGUCAGGGUGCUGAAAAGCUGAUCUGUGACCAUGCAGAUCCCUUGGGCUGUGUGUGCUGUCUGUGUCCUGACACAAAUCACACUUCACUCUGUGCAAGGCUGGCAGAUGUUUAAAAAUGAUGCUACAGAAAUCAUUCCUGAGAUCACUGAAAAUCCAGAAACACCAAUGGAGCCGACUUUCAGCAACAACAACACCAUGAAUCAGGCAAAACAUGGAGGAAGACACAUACAGCAAACUCCAGACCUCAGCGAUGCCGCCUUCAGCUGCCGGGAGGUUCGCACCACGCGGUUCCUGACGGACGGGCCGUGCCGCAGCCUGAAGCCGGUGAAGGAGCUGCUGUGCUCGGGCCAGUGCGAGCCCUCGCACCUCCUGCCCAACUCCAUCGGCCGCGGCAAGUGGUGGCGGCAGAACGCGCUGGAUUUCCGCUGCAUCCCCGCGCACAGCCGCACCCAGCGCGUCCUCAUGGCCUGUCCCCAGCAGGAAACGCGGACUUACAAAUUCCGAGCGGCCACGUCCUGCAAGUGCAAGCGCUACACUCGCUACCACAACCAGUCCGAGCUCAAGGACUUCGGCAAGGACAGCGCCCGGCCCCAGAAGAACAAGAAGCCGCAUCUGGCCAGAGCCAGGAGCGGGAAAUCCAACCAGCACGAGCUGGAAAACGCUUAUUAGGAAGGAGGUGGCUCUGGGUGGGACGAACUGGCGCUCCGGAUGUUUGUUAAACCAUCAAAAGGCACUCAGAGGUCACAGCGUGAUGUUCUGACUGCAGUAGGUUCCAAUUCCUUCUGCUAAGCUGGGUCAAAGGCUCACAUAGGCAAAAAAUCGGUCAGAUUUAGCACUUGUGGUGUGGUAAGAGAAUGAGGUAAAGGCAGCUGGAGGCACCUGUCACUACAGGACACGGAAUGACACGACAGGGACACGCGGCUCUCUCAAGGCAAAAAGAGAAUUUUUAAUUUCUGAUUCCAGCAUUUAUAGAUUUCCAAAAGUGACAGUGGAUUGGAGGGUGACAGUGCCACCUCUCCAAUGACACUGGACAAACCGACAGUCCAUCAAAUUUCUCCUCCUCCAUAAAAGAAUGCAAAGCAAUAAGUCAUUUACAGAAAGCGUGUGAGAAAGUUCAUUACAAGAAUGUAAACAUCAGAAGGCUUAGAAAAUCUUAAAAGAUCAGGGUGACAGGCACCCCUUGGAGGUCCGUGGCAGUUUGUGUGUCCUGGACGAGCAGGGAGGCAAAGUGAAGCUGUUGUGGGGACAAUCACACUUUGCUUUAUUCCACUCAUUUAUGGGAAAAGAAUCCUGAGAUCCCUUCCCCAGACAAGGAUGCAGGACAAGGAUGCGUUUAGGGAAGCACCAGGAGAGUCUCUGAGGGAGCCCUAGAAAGUUUGGGGCAGCAGGGAUUUCAGGUUCUGGUGGAUGAAGUCAAAUUGUUGGGAAAUGAACACGUUAUCAGAUGUCCUCACGCACCAGUGGUUCCUCUCAAAUCAAAAUGUGACACUAGUGUUCUCAAAGUAAAAGUGUGACAAAUCCAUUUAAAAGAUUAUGGGGUCGACAAAUUCAAAACUGAGAUUUGGCGACUAAAAUCAUAUUGAUUUGGGAACAAUGAUUUGUUUUAGGGACAAUUCAACAAAUUCUCCUAAGUGGAGCAGAUUUAUGAAGAAAAUGCUCCUGUCAAACCAGAUAACCUCACUGAUGUCUGUCCUGUAAACAGCUAGCAUUAUUUAACACAGAAUACAUAGGAUAUACUGAUUAUUCCUUAUUUGUAGAACAUGUUUGACUUUAAUAUCAGCUUAGAUACAUCCAUUUACAUUUUCUGUUCUGUAGAGUUUGGAGUAUCUGGCCACACACUCUGUAGCACUAAAACUGUGCAAACCAAGCUCUGGGAGUAAGGUGGUGGUUCUGCAUUAAAAGUGAGCCUCUGCUAAGUCAUGGAUUCCUCUAGAAAAGUCUUUAGGACGUGCAGCUUUGAUAAGUCUUUAGUUUGGCAGCAACUUUCCUUUACUUAGCUUCUCAACACUCAGACUAAUGGUUGUGUUUUUACUUUAAAGGAUAUUGUUAGAAAGUGAAUUGUCACAUACUGUAUACAUCCUGUAGAAUUGAUGCUGGAAUAAUAUAAACUGUGGAAAUUUGAAAUGUUGAUAGAUUUUUUUCAGUAAUUUUAUGUGGGACCAGAACCUAGAGAGAAAAGGUAUCAUUUCAGAGAGUGAAUUACGUAUUUAUUUUUUUUCCAGAAAAUUAUUUAUGCAAUG